UUGAAAUCUUUGCAAAUUUAUUAAAAUUAAAAAACAAAAAAGCACAUGUACAUAAGUAUUCACAGCCUUUGCCAUGACACUCAAAAUUGAGCUCAGGUGCAUCCUGUUUCCACUGAUCAUCCUUGAGAUGUUUCUACAACUUGAUUGGAGUCCACCUGUGGUAAAUUCAGUUGAUUUGGAAAGGCACACACCUGUCUAUAUAAGGUCCCACAGUUAACAAUGCAUGUCAGAGCACAAACCAAGCCAUGAAGUCCAAGGAAUUGUCUGUAGACCUCAGAGACAGGAUUGUAUCGAGGCACAGAUCUGGGGAAGGGUACAGAAACAUUUCUGCAGCAUUGAAGGUCCCAAUGAGCCCAGUGGCCUCCAUCAUCCAUAAAUUUAAGAAGUCUGGAACCAGCAGGACUCUUCCUAGAGCUGGCCGCCCUGCCAAACUGAGCGAUCGGGGGAGAAGGGCCUUAGUCAGGGAGGUGACCAAAAACCCGAUGGUCACUCUGACAGCGCUCCAGCGUGUCUCUAUGGAGAGAGGAGAACCUUCUAGAAGAACAACCAUCUCUGCACAACUCCAUCAUCAAAAGGCACCUGAAGGACUCUCAGACCAAAGAUUGAACAAAGGUUGAACUCUUUGGCCUGAAUGGCAAGCGUCAUGUCUGGAGGAAACCAGGCACCACUCAUCACCUGGCCAAUACCAACCCUACAGUGAAGCAUGGUGGUGGCAGCAUCAUGCUGUGGGGAUGUUUUUCAGCGGCAGGAACUGGGAGACUAGUCAGGAUCGAGGAAAAGAUGAGUGCAGCAAUGUACAGAGACACCCUUGAUGAAAACCUGCUCCAGAGCACUCUGGAGCUCAGACUGGGGCGAAGGUUCAUCUUCCAACAGGACAACGACCCUAAGCACACAGCCAAGAUAACAAAGGAGUGGCUACAGGACAACUCUGUGAAUGUCCUUGAGUGGCCCAGCCAGAGCCCAGACUUGAACCCGAGCGAACAUCUCCGGAGAGAUCUGAAAAUGGCUGUGCACCGACGCUCCCCAUCCAACCUGAUGGAGCUUGGAGAGGUCCUGCAAAGAAGAAUGGGAGAAACUGCCCAAAAAUAAAUGUGCCAAGCUUGUAGCAUCAUACUCAAAAAGUCUUGAGGCUGUAAUUGGUGCCAAAGGUGCUUCAACAAUGUAUUGAGCACAGGCUGUGAAUACUUAUGUAAAAUGUGCUUUUUUUUUGGUUUUUAUUUUUAAUAAAUUUGCAAAGAUUUCAAACAAACUUCUUUCAUGUUGUCAUUAUGGGGUAUUGUUUCUAGAAUUUUGAGGAAAAUGAUGAAUUUAAUCCAUUUUGGAAUAAGGCUGUAACAUAACAAAAUGUGGAAAUAGUGAAGCGCAGUGAAUACUUUCUUUAUGCACUGUAGAGUGUCAACCUCUAAGAUAACAUGAUGUCAAAAAUGCAAAUAAUCUGUUUUUUUUUUUUUUUAAAUUUGCAUGCGUGGAGUGAUGCUAUCAGAUGUGACCCAACCAUGGUUAACUUAAUAUAGAAACAUGAUGUUAUAAUUGGCAUUGAACUUGUUAAGGGUGAUGAUAAAUGCAUUUGCUUUUUAAAAUGAAAAUAAUAAUAAUAAUAAACUGCUGUUUAAAAAGAAACAGCUAAAAUGUGUAUGUGUCUGAAUAAAAAGAAAGUUUACAUGCAGGGGGGGUUUCAUUUCAGUUAGAGAGAGGUUGCAAUGCAUGUUUGUCAGACCUGUGCUUAAGACCAUAUGCAAACCACAGAACACAGGAAAUAGAAGGAAGCACAAAAACCCUCUUGUUAGAACUUUUGUAUUCUCUCUCCCCUUCUCAUUCUCUUGCUCACUUUCUAUGUUUCCGCUAUUGAUGAAAGGAGGUGGGGUUAACUGUCUAGCUACAGUAGCACGUCUUACACAGUGGGCUUUGGGUUAUCUCUUUAAUUCUUCACUUAUUCAGACCACAAAUUCACACUACAUACGCAAAAGGAUUCAGAUUAUGGGAAAUCUCUCAUGCUUCACGGGAAGAAAAGACAAAUAUCAAGGUGAUGCAGGACAGAUGUCACCUAAGGAGGACGUUCUCUACGCCACCAUUGAUCAUGGGACGGACCAUACAGCAGGGCAUGGCACAAACACUGACAGAAGAGACUCCAUGGACAAUGACUGUGAUUAUGCUGUAGUUAUGCUUCCCUCUGAGCCGGUGAAAAAACUGGACAACAACGAGGACUGUGCAGAUGACUAUGUCCUGAUGACCUGAGCUUAAAAGCCUUGUGUGCUUAACUUAUGCAAGAAUAAUAUUAGCUAUAUUUAUGAAAAGUAUAAUCUGCAAAAUAUGUGCAUUUAUAUACAAACUAAAUACAUGUAUUUUUGAUCUCAUUUAUAUGUCAGACUCAUCUGGUUAAACAUGUGCACCAAAUCUUAUCAGCAGGACUUCAGCUCUCCAUCUGAUCGAUAUUCUUUAACAGUAACAAACAUUAAUGGAUAACAGAACUUUUUUAUCACUAGGAUGACCUUUGGCUUGCCUUUAUUUUUUGUUGUAUAAGUUUAAUUAUGUUGAAUGUGUUUUUCAUUUUGUGUCCAUAAUGUAAUUAUGUAAAUACUAUUUACCUGGUUUAAACAGAGAAACCUUAUUAAAAAUUUCUUACCAGUUAGUAAAUGCAUUUCAGUCUGACUACUUUAUUAAGAAUAGAAUAUCGCCUCUAGAUGACGCCACAUACUUGUUACAGCAGUGACACAAAACCUACUGACAUGACUGGGCACAACAGCUCAACCAAAAUAGAACUAUUUCAGUUCAACUCAUGGGGAAUCCCAAAUUCAGAUUAAUAAUUUUUUUUUUUAAGUAUGCUGUGGUUGCUUUCCUUGAGGCAAGGGAGUGAGAGAGUAAUAUCUCACAGGUUAUAUCAUCUUUUCUUUCCUAUCACAAUGAGUGAGAAAUACACACACUUCACCAUCAGUUUCCACACGUUCAUUCUUUCAACCUGAUUCAUUUAAAAACAAGUGUAAGGUUUGUAGCUCUGACACACUUGCAAAUGGCAUCAGACAAACACAAUACAGUCUGUAUUAAUUAUGACAGUUUUCUUAUAUACAUUAAUUAAUACAGUAACUUACAAACAUGCACUAACAUGUACUUAAAGUUGUUGGUAUUCACCCAUUAAUUUAUAAGACUCACACUGUAGUUAAAUUUAGCACUUCAGUUAUUAUAUACAGUUAU